AUGUCCAGCCGAUUUUUUUUGACAGCAAGAAGGUGCGCAAUUCAGAAAUUCCAAGGAUUUGCUGCCAAUUCAAAUCGCAAACCUAAAGUAGAGCCGAAAUUUACGCAAAGUGCUGCAUUUCAGGGAAAGGGUGCUUCCGGAUUUCGCAGUUUGCCCGGCGCUCAGCUAGACUACUACUCUUCAGACUCCUACAAUAAUAAAAAGAUUUUCUCGGCUCUCGGCAGUCUUUUAGUUUUAAUCGUUUAUUUUGGAUGGCUAAGAGAACCUUCAGAUCUUGACGAAAUUUGGAAUGCUCCACCCCACGUUUUGACGGCGAAUUUAGAAAGGAAAAUGUUGCGGGAACAAAUUAAAGACGCAGAAUCGAAAGGAAAAGACACGACGCUGCUUCGAGCUCAACUAGAAUACGUCGACGUCAAAGAAGAAGCGCUUCGAAUUCAAUUUGAUCAAAAAAAUAAGAAAAAGUAA